GCUUUGCAGCAGAGACGAGAAACAUCCGGGUCCCUCAGGUUUCUACCAGGCGACCCGUCGCCAUUAGUGCGAGCGCAUAAAAAAACAAUAUAUAGUUUGGGCCUAAAAGCCAAAUACUGAUAAUUUCUGGCUAUUGGAAACAUUUUAAUACAUUGUCUUAGCAAACUGCUUGCUCUACCUAGAAGCAGCUUCUUUUUUGGGGCCCUGUCCCCGCGUGGCGAGCUUUCGUCCUCUCUUGCUAAGCCUCCAUAACUUGAGACGCCGAUAUCGUCUCUUCUUUCUUCUCCUGGUUAUUUUGUUGUAAAGAUGUCGCCGUAAUGGGGUCUCCGUGUUUGGUAGAUAUGAAUCAGGGCAUUUGCCGCCUGACUCGCACUCUUUGCAGCCCCCUUUUGCCGGUGUUUUUGUUUGAUGCUAGAGAGCUCAACGGCUCUCUGCCCGGAUUUCGGCCUCAGCGCCGUUCACUGCACGGAUAUAAACAUGGAGAAAAACCCGAACAGCAAUGCCAAGGUUCCACCUCGUUCCAACUCUUCUGGGCCAACGCCGGGGGAAUCUAAACCCAAAGCAGAAAGUAAGAAUAAUGGAGGGUCCAAGCGUUAUAAUCGCAAACGGGAGCCCUCCUUUCCUAAAGCAGAAAACUUUCCUGGCCCGCGUCGCACCAAUCCACAGAAAAGCAAGAAUUUUGACAAGAGACCCCCCCAGAGAGGUGGAGGACGGCAGUUUGGGGUUACAGGUGGAGGACGACGGGAGGAGGUAGCAGAGACACGCCGGGCAGAGUUUAGCCCGGCUCAGUUUGCUGGACCGAAAAAAAUCAGUCUGAACCAUUUGUUGAACUUCACUUUUGAACCUCGUGGAGGUCAUGGUGCUGCGGGGGAAGGAGGGCACUCCUGUUGGGGACGUCGAAAUAAAUGGGGUCACAAGCACAAGCCCUUUAACAAGGAGCUUUUCCUGCAGGCCAAUUGCCAGUUUCUGGUGACUGAUGAUCAGGACUACAAGGCUCACUUCACUGAUCCUGACACUCUUGUCAACUGGGACUGUGUGCAACAAGUGCGAAUCUACAGUCAUGAGGUGCCGUCUUGCCCCAUCUGCCUCUACCCACCAGUGGCAGCCCGCAUCACCCGCUGUGGACACAUCUUCUGCUGGCCAUGCAUACUGCACUACCUAUCUCUAAGUGACAAGACUUGGUCCAAGUGUCCCAUAUGCUAUGAAGCUGUCCACGCGCUGGAUCUGAAGAGUGUGGUUGCUAUGGAGACCAAGCAGUAUGUGGUUGGCGACGUCAUCACCAUGCGCCUCAUGCGGAGGGAAAAGGGGGCUGUAGUAGCCAUGCCUAGCUCUCAGUGGGUGAAGGUGGAGGAGCCUAUACGGUUUGGAGAUGGUUCUCUGAGCCCAUAUUCCAAGCUGCUGCUCACCACCUUUGCGCAGGUCCUCAGCUUGGUGGCAGAGGAGAAGGCGGUCCUGCAGGCACAGCUAUGCCAGGAAGAAGAUGCACAAGGCUGCUUUAUCCAGAGCGCACUUUGCCAUUUGCAGGAAAGAGAGGAAAUUCUCCUUAAGCAACAGAAGUCAAGUGCUGUUGACAACUUUGACUUGUCCUCUCUGGCUCUUGAGGAAACUGCUUCGCCUGUAGAUGAAUUCAUUACCAACAGCAGCGUUACCAAGCCUGUGCUGCAGUACUCUUCUGCUUUUGAUGAUGAGGUGGAAGAACCCCCAGAAGAGGCUGACGAGGAAUUGCCCGGGUGUCCUGAAGAUGAUUUGGAGUGUGUGCUUGAAGAGCCUGUAGAUGCUGUGUUGCCGUUAGCCCCAGAGCACCUUUCUGAUGAGGAAAAUCCUGCCAGAGAGGCAGAAACCGAUCGCACUUCAACCAGCCUCGUGCAUGGACCGUUCUAUUACUUCUACCAAGCUGAGGACUGCCAGCAGAUGUUCUUGCAUCCUGUGAAUGUGCGUUGUCUGCUGCGUGAAUAUGGCAGCUUAGAGGCCAGCCCAGACUCUAUCACUGCCACAGUGGUGGAAAUUGAAGGACACACGGUCACUGAGGAGAUCCGCCGUCGUCAUCGCUACCUGUCUCAUCUGCCACUCACGUGUGAGUUCAGCAUCUGUGAGUUAGCCUUGCAGCCACCGGUCCUCUCCAAGGAAACCAUGGACACAUUUGCAGAUGAACUGGAGAAAAGAAAGCGACUGAGACAGAAGAAAGCAAGAGAUGAGAAGCGCAGGGAGAAGCGAAUUGAAAUGGAAGAAAACAAGAAGCAGGGUAAAUAUCCUGAAGUCCAUAUAGGACUAGAGAACCUUCAGCAUUUCCCAGCAUUCGGGUCACCACCUCACAACAGCAGCCUCCCAGUCCACCCUGAUUUUACUUUAGUUCCUCCUUCACCCUUAAGCAGCAGUCCUUCCUCUGAUGGGAUCACAUUCCCAAGUCUGAAUGGACAAAGCUCAACUCCUAUUGUGGGAAGUGUGGAGGACGACUCUCACUGCAUGUCCUUUGCACAGAUGCUGAGAGAUGGGAAAGCCAAAGCUGAAGCUGGGGUCAGAAUCACCUCUAAGAACGAUAAGCUGUUAGCUCCCCCCGCAGCAGACAGCGACGGAGAGAGUGACGGGUCGGACCGUGUCCCAGUGCCUAGCUUUCAGAACUCUUUCAGCCAAGCAUUUGAGAAGGCACUUCUGCAGCUUGAUAGUCCUGCAUCUGCUCCACAGCCCGUGGUUGUCACAGAGGAGAAGGGAGGAAAGAAGAAAAAGAAAAAACAAAAACUUCUGUUCAGCACAUCCAUGGUUCACACAAAGUAGACAACACUGAAAUAAAUUGAAUGAUAUGGUCGUUUUGUUAAUCAUUAUACUGCUUCAGUUUAUGUUGCAAACCUCUGGGAGCUUUAGACUUCAAAUUAUUUCAAAUGUAGCCACGUUUCAUGCUUCAUGCAGUGUUGGUUGCAUUUGCUGAGCUUAUGUUUUGGACUUUGGUUUGCAGCCCAUGCAAAGGUUCCUGUUCCACUUUAAUUUCCAUUCUAGACUUAUCUUCUUAUUCUAGUGGGUAAUACUUGGUGGUCUGUGGCAUUGAGGGUAUGAUUAUGGAUGAGAUCUAUUUAAACCGUUGUGCUUAGAAAGUUGCAGUCAGCCAGCUGCAGGUACAUUGCACUUUUUUGACUCUUUCCAGCAUCCUCAGUGCUCAGAUUUACCAGAUCUUGUUUUGGUUUGCCGCAAUUUGAAGCAAAGACCAUUUUGUGAAAUGACAACAGUAUUGCAAUAAAAACUCCUUUUCAGCAGCCAUUGAGCAAUGCUUCAUCAUAUUUUGUGUUAAACCACAAUUACUGCCCUUAUCCCAUUACGUUUUCUCAUCUUUCACUUUUGGCCACUAUAUAGCCCUUUUAUUUCAGUGUUGCAGUUGUGUCGAGUGGGAAAACUGCUGCAAUUUGAAGAGGAAUAUAUGGAUCAAGGUUGUUUAAUUCAAUGUAUAGACUAUUGAAAAUAAGUCUGCUAAAAUGAAUAAACAAUUAUGCACAAUCAAA